AUGGCCACCCUCCCAGCGUACGGAAACUAUUACCACGUUCAGCUGGCGGGGGUUUUUGACUCUGCCCUUGAUCAGAGGCUGGGCCGUCACCUCGCGCCCACGCCGGCCCAUCUCACCCGCGUCGUUUAUGUUCCAAGCCAUAAAGACGCCUCUACUCAUUUGCCCCUCUACGAUUAUAAUGAAAACUACGACAAGGCUGUUAAGAAGGAGCCUAUCGGCAGCAGCAAGUAUAAGCUUGGUCUGGCCAUGAUGAAGCGACCAUCGGGAGACGGAACUGACGCGCAAGUUCGCUAUCUGGUCAACUUCCAAAAGGGCCUUGAGGGUACUGCUGCGACAGUGGAGAGGAGAGUGCCCAGCCAUAAUGGUGAGAUUGUCAUCUUGCACCUACCUCUCGAGGACACUGGCAGUUUUCGCGUUGCGCCACACAGCAUGGACCAAGACUUGGAGCUGGCAGUGACCAGCUCAUUCCCCGUCCCAGAUACCAAGAUGCACGCAACCGCCAACCCCGUGCGACAUCCAUGGUUCACCAUUUCGCAAACUUCGCGGGACGGAAGCAUUACUGUUCCCUCGAACCUGGAAUGGCAAGCGCGCCCAACAGAAGAUGGGCCUCUGCGAUACACUUUGGUCGACACUGACGCGGAGUUGAGCGGCGGGGAGCCAGCAGUCCAUGCUAUCUACCAUCACGUCGGCAUCGGUUUCGCGCUGCCUAACGAUUAUAGCGAGGGCAUCUUGUUACUUUCGGAAGACCUCAAUGGAGAGGCUGAGGCGCUGGCGAUUGCUACCUUGCUCGGCGUCUUGCGACAGACACGGUCGAUCAACCAGCCUUCUCCAAGGCCAAGGAAGAAGUCGUUGGUCAAGCGAGUCUUGGGCAAGAUUUGA